GAUCUUUCUAGAAAAGCAUGAGACCCCUCCACAGCCCCAUUUUAAAAAUUUCCCGCCGAAGAGGCAAGAAAUUCCAUGCUGCAUCUGGGAGGUGCCUGUCACCUCUGCUUUUUCAUAACCUAUUGUACUUUACAACGAAUUUUUCGGAAAAUAUUGGGUUACCUACUUUUUUAUACUUGUGAAUGUAGUAUAAAUAAUAAUUUUUUUCAUAAUACAUGCGAUAAGAGAUCGAUAUCUUGACAUUGACUGUGGAUAAGCCUCUAAGGGAUGAGUCAGCGUCGUAUUUUUAAAAGAAUCUACGACAGAAAGUAGCGAGAGGUGACAGAGGAGACCAUCGCACUGUCCUGAUAAUUCUAGGUCUUGCAAAAUAACUUGGUCUUUGAGCUAUGUCCCAGAGAAAUUACAGCGAUCUAGAAGAACGGAUUUAUGAAUAUGAAGAGGGUCGAGAUUUUCGUGGCACUCAAAUAUUGCUUUAUGGGGCCACGGGAAUCGGCCUUCUCAUAGCACUACGCCGCAUCAGACCUUUUGCAACAUUUGCAAAGCCGUCGGACAUACCCAAUCGAUUUUUAAAAUCUAAAGUUCCAGUGCCUGCAAAUGUUUUACGGAUCGAACCCAACAGCCAAGGUCCCUUCAUAAUGGUUGAAACUGUGCCUCUCAUACCGUUACCACGAUUUGGAAAGACCAAAGAGUUACCAAUUAAGAUAGCAAAUGUUGAUGUCACAGCUAAUGGCAUUAAUUGGCUCCAAAGUGUAUUGAGGGGAAAAAGGAUAAUUUUCAUACCGUUGAUAAAAAAAACAGAUGCCGUUGAAUCCAGGGUAUCAUUAAUCCAAACGAAUGAGAACAAUCUUGAUAUUGGCAAAGAAUUGGUUCAAGUGGGCUUUGGAAUGGUACAUGAGUCAAAUCCUGAACUAUCAAAAGAUAAAAAAACCUUGGCCUAUUACCGGUCAUUGGUAGAGGCACAAAAACGUGCAAAACGACACAGAAAUGGAUACUGGCAGCAAGCGAUUCCAUUAACGCUUUCAGAAAAAUUAAAGCAGUUCCUCUUUACUAAAGGAAAGUCUAUUCUCCCCGCAUUUUUUGCCAGGCAACUCAAUAUUUAAAUAGCCCUUUUCUGUAUUCGUAUGAAGUAAUAUAUCUAUUCUAUUUACAUUACAAAGAA